AUGAUAAAGUUUGUUCUUCUUUUGCUAUGCUUUGCCUCUGCACUGAGCCUUUCAGUUUCAGAGUCCAAAUCUGUUUCUGUGCAACCUCGUGCAGCUGAAUCCUUCUCUGCUGGGUAUAUUAAGAUGAAAACGGCAUCAAACUGUUCUUACUUGGUGCUUAUAAGUACGAGUUGUUCAUCGCCCAAGUUCACAACCGAUAAGAUUGGUAUUGCGUUUGGAGAUAAUAAAGGAAACCAGGUAUAUGUACCAAGACUAGAUGAUCCACUUUCGAAGACAUUUGAACAGUGUUCUUCAGACUCAUUUCAGAUAGAUGGUGCAUGUGCAUCUCCCGUUUGCUUUCUGUAUCUUCAUAGAACUGGGGGAGAGAAAGGUUGGGAACCUGAGACUGUGAAAAUCUUUGGCUACGACUCAGGGCCUGUCACUUUUACUUUCAAGACCCCCAUUCCCAAUGACACAUGGUAUGGCUACAAUGAGUGUCAGGCUCCUCCUCCUCCUUCUCCUUCUUCCUCAUUCCAACUAUCCCCUCAUAAAUGGCUCAUGAGUUUGGUUCUAGGCUUUGUUGUUAGCCUUUUGCUUUAA